AUGAUCUCUCUGCUGGUCCUGGUAUUGCUGGUCGUCGUGUUCUCGCGGGCCAUUUCAAUAAUUGGCAAAGACACCAUCUGCGACGCUCUUUGGUCGCUUUAUCUCCGCAUUGCACCUCCUUCACCCACCCUCCGCACUCUACGCGCAAAGCAAACGCGCGCGCGCCAGGUCCACGCUGAAAGGGCUGCAACUUCUGCCAAAGACGAGUUUGCGCGCUGGGCCAAGCUUGACCGUGAAGCCGGUAAGCUGAGAACCGAGAUUGACGUGCUACAGAGUUCACUGGUAUCAUCUAAAACCAGCUUUAAUGGUGUUCUCAAGGUCACGCUUUUCGCUCUUACUACAGGCGCAAAACUGUGGCUCCGAUUCUGGUACCGUAAAACUCCAGUCUUUUGGGUCCCCCCUGGGGUCUGGCCGAGCUACGUUUAUUGGUUCCUAGCAUUUUCGUCGGCUCCUCGAGGGUCUGUGUCGGUUUCAUCAUGGCUUUUUGUGGUGGAUUGGAGUGUAUCAUUAAUUGAGUAUCUCGUAACCGACAUCUACAAGGAGUUCAUUAUCACGUCAAAAGACUCUUCUUCCGCCACCAGUGAAUCUGAGUCCAAGACUAAACAACCAGAAGUGCCUAAGUCUUCAGAAAAAAUUGAGGAAAUUAAAAAUUAA